AUGCAAAAUGUGAGCGAAUGGUUCUCAAUGGCCUUCAAUUGCAAAUUUGCUCAAAAUCGCAAAGGUAACGAAUAUAAAAGAAUGCUGCGUCUAGCACCCGCUCGCGUCGCUGCUUCUACCGCUUCUAAGCGCAUGUUUUCGGCUGCCGCUGGCUCUGAAGUCAUUGGUAUUGACCUUGGAACGACCAACUCUUGUGUAGCUGUAAUGGAGGGAAAGACCCCACGUGUGAUUGAGAACUCGGAGGGUGCACGUACAACACCUUCCGUUGUAGCCAUUCUAGACAAUGACGAACGACUCGUUGGCAUGCCUGCUAAGCGUCAAGCCGUGACUAACCCAGAAAACACAUUUUACGCUGUCAAGCGUCUUAUUGGUCGCAAAUUCGAUGACAAAGAGACUCAAGAAGUAUCCAAAGUUGUAUCAUACAAGAUUGUCAAGGGAAACAAUGGCAAGGAUGCGUGGGUUGAAGCCAAAGGCAAGAAAUACUCGCCUUCGCAAAUUGGAUCCAUGGUUCUCACUAAGAUGAAGGAGACUGCAGAUGGAUUUCUGGGUAAGCCUAUUACCCAGGCCGUUAUCACGGUUCCUGCGUACUUUAACGACUCACAGCGUCAAGCUACUAAGGAUGCCGGCAAAAUUGCUGGUUUGGAUGUGCUUCGUAUAAUUAACGAACCCACAGCCGCUGCUCUGGCUUACGGUAUGGACAAGGCUGACGGCAAGGUCAUUGCUGUCUUUGAUCUUGGAGGUGGUACCUUCGAUGUUUCAAUUCUGGAGAUUUCAGGUGGUGUAUUUGAAGUCAAGUCUACCAACGGUGACACACUACUUGGUGGGGAAGACUUUGAUGAGGAAUUGUUGCGUUACCUCGUGAGUGAGUUCAAGAAAGAGACAAGCAUAAACCUAUCAGGUGACAAUCUCGCUAUGCAGCGUCUACGUGAAGCUGCUGAGAAAGCCAAGCGAGAGCUUGACGGUCUGGCUCAGACGGAUAUCAGUCUGCCGUUUAUUACCGCAGACGCAUCUGGUCCCAAACACUUGAAUAUGAAAAUCACCCGUGCCACCUUUGAAAAGUUAGUUGGAAAGUUGAUUGAGCGUACUAUGGGUCCGUGCAAGAAAUGCGUGAAGGAUGCUGGUUUGAGCAAGAGUGAUAUUAAUGAAGUUAUUUUGGUUGGUGGUAUGUCCCGAAUGCCUAAGGUGCAGGCGUCUGUAGAGGAAUUCUUUGGCAAGAAACCCUCAAAGGGUGUGAAUCCAGACGAAGUUGUAGCUAUGGGUGCCGCAAUCCAGGGUGGUGUGCUUCGUGGUGAUGUAAAGGACAUUUUGUUGCUCGAUGUGACGCCUCUCUCCCUAGGUAUUGAGACACUUGGUGGUGUGUUUACCAAGCUGAUCCCACGUAACACUACUAUCCCCACAAAGAAGUCCCAAGUGUUCUCAACGGCUGCAGAUUCGCAGACACAAGUGGGCAUUAAGGUAUUACAGGGAGAGCGUGAGAUGGCUGCUGAUAAUAAAUUGCUCGGCAACUUUGACUUGGUUGGCAUCCCGCCUGCCCCGCGUGGCGUUCCUCAGAUUGAAGUAAGUUUUGACAUCGAUGCGAAUGGAAUUGUAAAUGUUGGGGCUCGUGAUAAGGCUACAGGCAAAGAGCAGAACAUUGUCAUUCAGUCGAGUGGUGGUCUGUCUGAGGCUGAGAUUGAAAAAAUGGUGGCGGAUGCAGAGGCGAAUGCUGCCGCUGACCAGCAGCGUAAGGAGUUAAUUGAAGCUAAAAACGACGCUGACUCUACAAUUUACACGACUGAGAAGACGUUGAAAGAACACGAAGACAAGAUUGACGCCGAACUGCUCGAAAAGGUAAAGACUGCUCUUGCUGACUUACGAACGAAGGCUGAGGGUGAUAACACGGAAGACAUCAAAGCAGCUCUUGAGGAAGUGCAAAAGAUGUCAAUGAAGAUUGGUGAAGCUGUAUACAAGUCGCAGCAGGGUGAGAGUACUCCGAGCGACGAUAAGAAGGACGACAAUGUCCACGACGCCGAAUUUAAGGAUAAGAAGGAUUAG